AUGGCUGAAGUCGGCGGAUCUUAUCAACCAGCCUUAAGCAAACAACAAGAAGAUGAAUUGGCAGCGAUCGCCGCCAAGAUCAUGCAACCAGGCAAAGGAAUUCUGGCCGCUGAUGAAUCAACUGGUAAAUUUAAAAAUUAUAAAGAAUUUUAAAAAAUUUUAAAUUGAAAGUUAAGCUUGCUUUAGUUAGCUUUAGAAAACAUUUUUUAAUUUGAGAUACUAUUAUUAAGUUUAGGUACUAUUUUAUAACUUUAAGUACCAUUUUUUUUAACUUUUGGUGCCAUUUGUUAACUUUGAGCACCAUUUUUUAACUUUAGGUAUCAUUUGUUAACUGUGGUACUAUUUGUAACAUUAGGUACCAAUUUCUAACGUUUGGUGCUAUUUGUUAAUUUUAAGCACCAUUUUUUGACAUUAGGUACCAUUUUUUAAACUUUGGUACCAUUUAUCAAAUUUAGGUACUUUUCUUAACUUUAGGUACCACUUUUUAAUUUUGGUACCAUUUUCUAAAUUUAGGUACCAUUGGAAAGCGUUUGGCGUCGGUAAACUUGGAGAACAACGAAACGAACAGGCAAAAGUAUCGUCAACUCUUGUUCACUACACCAAACUUUGGCCAACACAUCAGCGGAGUCAUCUUGUACGAAGAAACCUUCCACCAGGUAAGAACUUUCUUUACAAAAUAAACAAUAGCAAGAACUUUGUUUAGAAAACAAAAAAUGGCAAGAACUUUCUUUAAAAACAAAAAAUGGCAAAAACUUUUUUUACAAAACAUAAAAUGGCAAGAACUUUCUUUACAAAAUAAAAAAUAGCAAGAACUUUCUUUACAGAACAAAAAAUGGCAAGAACUUUCUUUACAUAACAAAAUUUGAAAAAACUUUCUUUACAAGAUUGAAAAUGGCAAGAACUUUCUUUACAAAACAUAAAAUGGCAAAGACUUUCUUUACAAAACAUAAAAUAGCAAGAACUUUCUUUACAAAAUAAAAAAUAGCAAGAACUUUCUUUACAGAACAAAAAAUGGCAAGAACUUUUUUUACAAAACAAAAUUUGAAAAAACUUUCUUUACAAAAUUGAAAAUGGUAAGAACUUUCUUUACAAAAAAUUCCUUUACAGAAAACAGACAAAGGAGACCGUUUUGUCGAUGUGAUCAAGAAAGCCGGCGCCGUACCAGGAAUCAAGCUCGAUCUUGGCGUCGUCCCACUUGCUGGUACCAUCAACGAAGGUACCACUCAGGGAUUGGACAAUUUGGCCAAACGUUGUGCCGAAUUCAAGAAAGGCGGUUGUGACUUCGCUAAAUGGCGUUGCGUUCUCCACAUUGGCAAACAUGUACCAUCUCACGUCGCACUGCAAGAGAAUGCCAACGUGCUGGCACGUUAUGCUUCUAUUUGUCAACAAAAUGGCAUCGUACCCAUCGUGGAGCCGGAAGUGUUGUGUGAUGGUGAACAUGACAUUGAGCGGUGUCAAAAGGUAAUUGUAGGGGUAAAAAAUGAAUUCAAAGACGAAUUUUUUAAAACUGGCCAAGCCAAGCCUAAAAGUUUUUUGAUCCAGCCGCGCCGGGCUUAAUUUUCAGGCCCGGCCCGAUCUAAAUUUUACUCAAGGUCGACCGUCUCUCAUGUCUAUAUUAGGUGCCGACAUAAAGAACCUGCCAUUUUUACAGGAAAUUACAAGAAAAGUAUGGCGGGUUCUUUAUGUCGGCACCUAGUGGAUGCUUUCAGGUUUAGUUUCGGUACCUAAGCGUAGCUCUUGGGGUCUUUAUUUAAGCUCAGCCCCGGCUUUUUCAAAGUUGUUUUGACUUGGCCGGCUUAAGACUGAGCCAGGCCUGGUGGAUUCUCUUUCAGAGCUAGUUACGAGGCCUAAGAUAAACUCUUAAGGGCUGUUAUUUAGGCUUUUAAGUCCGUACGAUUCGGCUAGGUCCGGCUUCUUUCAAAUUUCUUGAAUAGAAGGGCUCCGGGCUAGAACUUUUGUAUUAGGAAGUCGAUUUGUUAUAUUACAUGAGUUUUACUGUAAAUAAAAAAAAAAUUUGUUUUUAAAAAAAGAUUCAAACUUUUGUUAAAACUACGUAUAGCUUGAUUCAGAUGAUGAUGAAAACGUUUUUUGAUCAUCAAACCCUAAUAUGCUGGCUAAUAUAAUAUGUAUUUUGAGUUGGUUCUUUGCUCGCUCCUUGAUGCUUGCAAUAACAGUGUCACCAUCCUAGAGAAAAAUUUUUUAAAUUGCAUUUUUAACAAGAUUUUUAAAAAUUUAAAAAAAAAUUUAAUUUUAAAAAAUUUUUAAUUUAAAAAUUUUUAAAUUUUAAAAAUUUUAAAUUUAGGUAACAGAACAAACCCUCGCUUAUACCUACAAAGCCUUGGCUGAUCACCACGUCUUCUUGGAAGGAACUUUGUUGAAGCCAAACAUGGUCACUCCAGGCCAAUCGCAUUCCAAAAAGGCUAGUCCAGAAGAGGUGGGAAGGGCCACGGUUAUUGCGUUGAGACGAGGCGUGCCUGCUGCUGUUCCUGGUAAGUCAAUAAGUUAGGGUAGGGUAGGGUAGGGUAGGGUAUUUUUUUCAUAAACAAUUUUAUUGUAGGUAUUGUCUUCCUGUCCGGAGGUCAAUCCGAGAUCGAUGCCACCAAGAAUCUGAAUGCCAUAAACCAGGUCGACUUGGCCAAGCCAUGGCGUCUCUCGUUCUCGUACGGUCGUGCUCUCCAAGCAUCCGUGCUGAAGGCGUGGCAAGGCAAGGAUUCGAACAUUGAAGCCGCUCAGAAGGUCUUCCUUCAUCGGUCAAAGGCCAACGGCGACGCUCAGUUGGGCAAGUAUCAAGGUGAAGAUGAGGCGGCGGCUGCUGCUGAGUCCUUGUUCGUCAAGAAUCACUCGUACUAA